GUGAAACCUCCUCAAACACAAAAAAAAAAAAAUAUUGGCAUUUACACUCGUACAGUAAAAAUAUAUCUGAUUUUGUUAUAAAUUCGCCUUUUGAAAAAUGGCUGACUGAUACUGCUCGACUGUAUUCGUAGUUAUAUAUUUUUAACUCGAGUCUAACUAACACUUAACACAAGUGAGACACAGCUGUUACUUAUAAAGUAUUUAUUUCAUUUAGAAGAAAAACCUAGCUGUCUUUGAAGAACAAUAAGACAAACUUCAAGUUUUGUGCGCUUGGUAAAAACAAGUCAUUAUUGUGUUUACCAAUAUUAUCAAUUAUAAUUCCUCUAUAACUUUUCUAAGAGAAAAGAAAGACAAAAAAAAAAAACUAGGUACCUAUUGUGUGCUACUUUCUUAAUAAUAUAACGAUCUAUUCCCGCGAAAUGCCGCAUAUAUAAUGUGUAUGUGAGUGAGGCAAUGUAUUUUGUUGUUUUUUUUUUUUUGCUACAUAGCUACUUCAAAAAUUCAAUACAAAAAAGACAAACAUCUUUUUUUCCUUUAAAUUUUGUAUAUCAUAAUAAUUCAUCAUCAGUUUUCAAGAGUUGAAAAAUAUAACCCCAGGAAAUAUCAAUUAAUAUACAAGAGAGUUCCCAUUAUUUAUGGUUGGGUAUAUAAGAAACCCAUAGGGUUGCAAAAAAAGGAAGGAACAACAAAAAAAAACUGCUAGCUUUGAAAGAGCAGCAACACACCAACAAAAAAAAAAGAAAAGUAACAACAAUAAUCCAGCAUAAACAACAACAAAAUAAGAGAGUGUUCAUACAGUGGAAAAGAGAAAACACUAUAAAUAUAAUAUUUUUUGUGUGAGAAGGUGGAGAAAAAACAUAACUAUCCAUAUAUAUCUGUCUCUUAAGCUGUGUUUGUAUAUUCUUCAUUCAAACACACACACACACACACACAUACUUAAAAUUUAAGUCGAUGGUGAAUAAUUUCGUUGUAAAUUGAGUAAAUAUAAAACACACAGUGUGUGUUAUUGAGCAGUUGUGGAAGAGGAGAUACAAAAAAAAAAGGGAAGAAAAAAGACACCAAACACCAACCGUUGUGUUUUUUGUUGUAUUAUUUUCUUAUUUAAUUUUGUGUUGGCUGAAAGAACAAGCAUUUAUUAUAUGCCUCUACAAAGUUAAAGAAAAAAACUUCAAUUUAAUAGAAAAUCGACAAUAAAAUAAAAAAAAAAAGAAAUAAUUAAAUACAGCGUACAAUUUGAUAAAAAAUAAAAUUUAAACAAAAAAUUAUAAUCAUCUCAACAACAAAAUGACGUCUGGCAAGGAUACUGCGUCGUUUUUCGCACAUGGUAACACAAAACAAUUUGAGUUUUGUUAUAAAUUAUAUCCACAAGUCCUUAAACUUAAGGCUGAAAAACGCAACAAAAAGCCGGAAGAACUUAUUCGACUUGAUCAUUGGUACCAAAAUGAACUCCCAAAAACAAUCAAGCAACGGGGGAAAGACGCACAUAUGGUACAUGAAGAACUUGUUCAAACAAUGAAAUGGAAGCAAUCGCGUGGAAAAUUCUAUCCACAACUUUCUUAUUUGGUCAAAGUUAACACGCCGCGUGCAGUUAUGCAAGAGACUAAAAAGGCAUUUAGAAAACUACCAAACCUAGAGCAAGCUAUAACAGCUUUAUCAAAUUUAAAAGGUGUUGGCACUACAAUGGCAUCGGCAUUAUUAGCAGCUGCUGCACCAGAUAGUGCGCCAUUUAUGGCUGAUGAGUGCCUUAUGGCAAUUCCAGAAAUCGAAGGUAUCGAUUAUACAACAAAGGAAUACCUUAAUUUUGUACAACACAUUCAGACGACGGUGCAGCGAUUAAAUUCAGAAAGAGAUAGUAACUCGUCAUGGUCCCCGCAUAGAGUUGAAUUAGCAUUGUGGGCACAUUAUGUUGCAUCUGAUUUAGAUCCAAAUUUACUCGAAGAAAUGCCAGAUGGCACAAAUUUGGCUAAGGUCCUGGCAUUAAAUGGCACCACGUCCACAGUCACAUCAACAACAACAGACAAUGAAGCCGAUGAGAACUCAGUAUCAAAUGAUUCCGUUUCACAGGAACGUAUCGAUAACACAACACAGACGACAACCAAUACAGAUGAUGGUACAACACCACCGUCAAAUCAAUUUGAACCAUCUGAUGAGAGCAAUUUGGAACCUCCAUCGGCACCAGCAAAUGGAAAAAAUAAUGGAAAUGGUGUUAUUGAUAGUUUGGAUGAAAGCAGUUCCAGAUCAGAAGACAGCAUGGAAAAACCAAUUACACCUAUGGUAGCAAAUGAUGAGACAAAUGACAGUGAUACAACACUGAGCAGUGGCAAAAGAUCUCUACACUGUGAAAGCUCGGAAGACCAGAACAGUCAGCCCGAGAUUAAAAAGAUAAGAAGUGAUUAAAAUUUGCAUUAAAUUAAAACAAAGUAAUAAUAAUAAAAGAAAAAAAAAACAGAAAAAAAACAAUAAAAAUACAAUAAAAUUCAUGAUCAUAUGAGAAUGAGAGUGCUGAGUGCACAUAUACACACGUCUUUCAUCACCAAGCAAAUAAAACAAAUUAGAAUUAGAGAGAAAAAAAAAGAAAAAACCAAUUAUAUAUAUAAUUAUAAACUACUGAUACCACACUGCAGCGAAAUAACGUCUACUUUCGUUCUUUUUCUUAAUUUAAUUUAAAUGUUUUCGUUUGGAAAAAAUGUGAAAAUGUGAAAAAAAAAAUGUAUUUUCCAUCUUUUUAAUUCCAUAUUAAUUAAACAAAAAUACAUAUAUUUUUUAGUACGUAAUCGAAAAAGAAAUACGAAAAAAAAUUUUAUUAUACUUCACAAGAAGGAAGAAAAAGGAAAAAAAUAUUCCACAAAAAAAAAAAAAAAAAAAUCAAAA